AUGGAAUACCGACCCCUCAUUACCUUCCCGACAUCCUGCGAGCCUCGCGGGAGCUGCGCAUGCCUCGACACAAACAUUAUCACUCCCAAGUGUGAAUACGAAGACCCCGUCUUCCCGUCCCCAAUUUACGCCCCGUCUGUGGAUAUCAAGCCGGACAUCUCCUACCACUCGUGCACUGUCGAGGAGCAAUUCACUCGGCUCAAGAUGUCUCCAUUCAGCGACGCCUCGUACGAGGCCGAUCCACUGGCUAAAGAUCUUCCGGACAUGACCCUCCACGAAGGGUUACCUCGCUUCACAAGCGGCGACCAUGUUAUUGUACUCAUCACGACGCGUGGUCAGACACGCUGGGUACAUGGGGAGAUUGCGAAUCUCGCCUCAUUCCGCGAAUGGCCAACGGAGGAAGGGGGCGUCGCGUACCCCGUCAAGUAUCGAGACGGAGCCACCGUUAUUAGGCGGUUCGAUCCCGACAAGGGGGAGAUCUUUCGCGACCCCUUCUCCACGGAUCCGGACCUGUAA